AUGUUUCGCACGGAUAACCAAGAAAAUUUCCCGUGGAAAGAAGUCUUCAAAAGAUGCCACUCUGUCGAUUUACUGAAUUUGGAGAAGGUUUGUAAACGAUUUCAUCAACUGAUUUCAUUGAACAACCUCUUUUGGAAAGACCUUUGUGCAAGAGAUGGGAUUGAAAUUCCUCCAGAUCACAUCACCGACUCACCCAACGAGCAAAAGCAAACUUUCAACUAUCGUUACCUUUACCAUUUUGCAUCGAAAGGUCAUGUAAAUCCAUAUGGCCCAAACAUUAUCGCCGACUUACCGAUCAACGCAAAACAGGCUGAGGAAUGUACAUUGGAAGAGCCUCCAAUUGGGUACGACUUGAAAAAAGGACCCGCAAAGUGUCUAGCGACAUCGAAUUCUUGGGGAUGGAGGCUUAUUAUGGUGAAUCUCGAGAAAUGCGGCAUUGAGCCAUGGAUACUCGAUGACGUUCGACCGACGAUAAUCGUAACGGAAAAGCACGCUCCUCGAUCCGAUUGUGGGGCAAUUUACAUGUUUGGAGCUGAAGUAGGUCAACCCUGGACUCUAGAGACUCUAAAAGUGAACUAUCCUCCCGGAAUGCGAAAUCUUUGUCUCUACAGUUAUGCUAAAGACACACAGGCACUCAACAGUUUGGAUCAUCCGAAUCUGAUCAAAUUCAUGAAAUGUGUCGAAUCCUCUACAGAUCCUCAAGAAAGAUUUGCUGUUGUCACUGAAUAUUACGAGAGAGGCACUCUGUCGAAUUUUAUUCUAAACCCGAAAAAUUUGUACACCAUAAAGACGGUGAUCUCUUGGACUCGAGGUCUUUUCGAUGCACUGGCUAACAGCUAUGAAAAGUUAGGCUACUUACACGGGGAUAUCAAUCCUGGAAACAUUUUCAUUACAAAAGAUUGGUCGAUAAAAAAAGCUCUAUUCUUGAUGGUCUUGAAGAAGAACCAAGAUUUGAUGCAGAUCAAGUGGAAUUGG